GAUAGACAGCUGGCUGAGCCAAUGGAAAACGGACACUGUUUCCCGCCCAUUCUAUGGCUCCGCCUCCUGUCGUGUUUGUGUGAGGGAGCCGGAGAGGAGGGGCCGGGCCGUGAGGGGAGCGCGGGGCUUGGCGGCUCCGGGGCUUCGCUCCUGCGGUAGCCCGGUCCUCCCUGGGGCUGAGAGGGGAGCCCGCCCGCGGACACCCAGCUCCGGUGCCGCUGACCCUCCGUGCGUGUGUCUGGGGCGGUACGGACGUAGCCCGGCGCUGCCCCGUAGGAUGAGUGAGAAGGGCACGGGCGUGAGGUAACACGGAGCCCGCCGCCGGACCCUGAGAGACCGCAGGGUCUGUCAGUGCUGACGGCAGGGGUCGAGUGUGGCCAAAAAGCCCAAAAAUUCACGGCGCUGCUGGGGGGAAGAGCGCGCCUUUUCCGAGCAAACAUGUGAAUAAAAACUGAGUUCCUCUGUGCCAAAUGGAACGGGGCGAGCUGAGUUGGUAAAUGGCACCGGGGGUUCGCGGGCAGGUGGCAGGGCAGCGUUCGGAGCUGGCGGUCCCGCACAGCCCGAGCCCCUCUGCCCGCGGCCAUGGGGGUGCUGCCGGCCGUGCCUCAGUUUCCCUGGAGCAGCGGCCGCGGUGCCCGGCCCCGCACUGCACCCGCUCCUCGCCGCGCCGCCGGGGGCUCAGCGCGGCCCCAGCCCCGCUGCGGGCCGGCGGAGCGCGGCACCUGUUCCUGGUCCCAUUCCUGGUCCCGUUCCUGAUCCCCCGGCUGUCCCUCCGUGCCAGUUUCCCUGCACGGGGCAGGCCCGCGCAGCCCCCGCUGCAGCUGCCGGGCGGCUCAAGGCGGCCCCCCUCCCUGCCCCGGCCGCACGGCUGGGAGGAGCCCGAGGAAGAGGAGGAGGGUGACGGAGGCGACUGUGGGGUGCCCGCCCUGCCCCGUCAGUUUCCCCCCAGCACCGGGCGGGGGGCUCCGCGCAUCCCCCGGGGAGGCUCGGGGUGCCCGCACCCCGCACGCCGCAGCUGCUCCCGGCACCCCGGGAGCGCCGCACCUGCCCCGGCAGCAACUGCCGCGGGCUGCGCCCCCCCGGCUCCAUCCAGGGGCCCCUCCAGCUGUCCCCAGCUCCCCCGAGGCCGGCCGGGGGGAGCCGGAGCAGCUGCGGGGUGGGAUGGGGCCGCGGAUGGGGCCGGAGGAGCCGCUCCCCCGGCUGUCCCCGGGGGCUCGGGAUGCAGAGGAGCCGCGGGCGCUCGGGGGUCGCGGCGGGCCCCGGUGGCGGUGACGGCGAUGGCGGUGACGGCGGCUCAUGCGCAGGCGGGUCCCCGCGUGUCCUCAGAUGAGCCCGAGCCCGCAGGGAGCCGCAGCGCGGCGGGCGGGGGCUGCGGCAGCGCCGGUGGGGACACGGCACGGGCACGGCGGGACACGGCUGUGAUGGCACCGCACCUGGCACGCACCAACCGCGCAGCCGUGUGCGUGGCACGCCAGCCUUUCGCAUCUGUGCACGCACACCUGCCUGAGACAUGGUGCGCACAGCGCGCACGGGCCACGCCGAACCGUGCCAGCCCUACACCCGCACACGGCAGGCAGCCAUGCGGUGGCACAAAUGCCUUACACGCACACAGCAGGCAGCCAUGUGAUGGCACAAAUGCCUUACACACACACAGCAGGCAGCCAUGUGAUGGUACGCACUCCUUACACACACUUUACACAUACACACCCACAGCAGGCAGCCAUGUGCUGGCACAAAUGCCUUACACACACUUUACACACACAGCAGGCAGCCAUGCUGCCAUACACUCACUUUACACACACCUUACACACGGAGAUGUGAUAGCGUGCACACCUCGCACACGCCCACACACACACGUUGCACUGUGCACACACCAGCCCGAGCUGUGACACAACACGCCUACGCCACGCCAAUCCUCCUCCCUGCCCACCGCGCUGGUACCUCACACCCCCAGCUCCCCGUGGUCAGGGGAUCCCCUCGGGACACCCCAAUUCCCCGUGUGUGCCUUCAGGACACCCUGCACGUCCCCCUAACCCCGCAGGGUGACCACCCCAGCCCUCCCCACCCUCCAGGGCCCCCCACGGCACCCCCAAGGAGCAAGCCGGGCCCGGGCUGGUUUUCAUUCACUUUUCCGCAUACUUUAUUUGUUACAAACAUACAAUUCUUUAAAUAUAGACUGUAAAACUCCAUUUGCAAAAAUCUGCUACGUCAGGAGUGCUCGGAGCAGGAGGAGUUCGUCGCGUCGGCCUCGUCUGCGCUAGUGGUAACACCCAGGACCUGCCUCCGGCCCCUGGAGCCGCCCCGCCGGCCGCAGGGAAGGGACACGGGGGCCCCGGCCCCCCCGGCCGCCUAAAGUGCAGGUUUGCUUUAGUUUUUGUUUUUCUUUCAUUAAAAAAAUAACAGGAAUAAAACUUUCUUUUUUUUUUUUUUUCUCUCUCUUUUCGGCAAAGGGACGUCGUGGCGAGCGCUCGGGGAGGGAGGCGGCGCUCCCGGGAUCUGCUGCUCCCAGAGGAUCCGGGGCUCGGAGGAGGAUCCAACAUUCACAGGAUCCAGUUCUCAGUGAGGAUCCAACUCUCCGAGGAGGAUCUGCUGCUUGGAGAAGAACCCAGCUCGAAGAGGAGGGUCUAGUGUUUGGAGGAUCCAACUCUCAAGAGGAUCCAGCUCUUGGAGGAUCCAACUGGGAGGAGGAUCUGGCUCCUGGAGGAGGAUCUAGCACUCAGAGAAGGAUCUGGAGCUCAGAGGACCCAGCUCUUGGAGGAUCCAGUUCUUGAAGGACCCAGCUCUCCGAGGAGGAUCGGGCACUCUGAGGAUCCAUCUUUCAGAGGAUACAAUUCUUGCAGGACCCAGCUGGCAGCACAUCCAGCCCUGGGAGCGCGUGGCUCUUGGAGGAGGAUCCAGCGCUCUCCCCAGCGAUGCCGUCCCAGCCCCGUGUCUGCUCCCAGGCCAGAGCCCCGGGGCUGCAGGCUCCGUGCUCCUCCCGCCCGGAUCUGCCUCGUCCCGCCAACGCCCAGCCCCGGCUCGGCGCGGCCCAGCCCCGGCGCCGCUGGCUCUACCGGCUCCGCGGGGAUGAGGAGGGCGAGGAGGGCGAUGGCCUCGCCCUGCAGGAACACCUGGGAGCAUCCACGGAGCCCGCUGGGAUUUCCCACUGGGAAUACCUGCCGAGCUCCGUGGCGCACCGCCCUGCAUAGCCCCAGUGCUCCCUCAGCUGCUUUGUUAAAAUCUUUUCCAGUUUUUUUUUUUUUUUCUCCCCACUUUUUGCUUUUUUUAUGAGAGGCCAGUGAGGGGCUGGGUUGGUUUUGUCACCGAUGUGAGGAGCCGCCACUGGCACGGCCCCCCCAAACCACCCCCCACUGCCCCCAAAUCGCCUGGAAACAAGGCAGGAGAAUCCGAAUUUUCUUUUGUAUUUUUUAGGGCAAAAAGAACUGAAGCUGUUUGAACUUGCCCUGGAAGCACCACCCGCUCCAGACCCAGCCAUUUGGGGUAUUUUCCAGUGGGUUUUGGGGCUUUGUACAAGACUUCCAAUGUUCUGUCUGUACAGCCAUCAUGGCGUUCUCCAUCAGCCCCUCUGGGGCAGCAAAGCUGGAAGUACCAGGAAUUCGGGAUAUUUUCCCCCUAUGUGUGGAUUAAAAAUAAAAUAAAAUAAAAAAAAAGAAAGCAAUUUGCCCAUUUUCUACAGAAUUCAACCCAAAACCCAACCGAAUCUGAGCUAUGUACACACAGCCAUGUCUAUACACACAGAGAUGGGAAGGGGGUUCAGGGGAGAUGCCGGCGUUGUCCCGCUUUCCUGGGAAACACCCAACGCCUCCUGGGGGGCUCCAAGAGAAAAAAAAACCCCAAAACUGCCCCCCAAGAUCCCCUCCCCCAUGGCCGCUCCUCUCGCUCCAGCUGGCACCUCAAAUCCCCUUUUUUCCCCUAUUUUAUCUCAUUUUGGCUGUUUUUUUCCGCUGUCUUCCCCCGAUGUGCUCUGCUCUUCCCACCCAAAUGGAGCUGUGGGAGGUUGUGUCCAUGGAUCCAGCGCUUCUCUGGCCGGGAAAGGCUCCCUGAGCCAACGCCGGGAGCUGCUUUUUUGGGUUUAUUACUGGAUUUUGGUGGUUUUGCCUUUUUUUUUUUUUUUUUCCUCUUCCAUGUAUUUCUAGCCAGCUCCCCAGAGCUGGGCCGGGCCGGCAGCGAUUUUGCCGCUCUCCCAGAGUAGAAAUAAGGCUAAAUCACCGCAAUUCAGCCAAAAGAAAGAAACCCAAAGGAAUAUAUAUAUAUUUUUAUAUAUAUAUAUAUAUAUAUAUAUCUCAUCCUCUUCAAAAAUAAAAGGAGAGGUCCCGCGGCUGGACGCCGGUGAGUCCCGCGGAGCUGGGAGCGUUUUCUUCCCCCCAAAUCCGUCGUCGCCGUCGUGGUUUAUGGUUUUUCUCCGUGGCAAAGAACACAGGACCAGGAGGAUGGGUGGAUACAGCAGGAAUUCACCGGAAAGAGCUGCCUGAGGGUACAAAAUACAGUACAGGACACAUCGGCCAUCGAGGAAGGACUAUUGCUCCCGAGUGAGUGAGUGAGGGAUCCGGGUCCUUUGCGACGGAGAAGGCUUAAAAACGGGAUAAACGGAAGAAAUUCGCUUUUAAAAAUCCCUUUAAAAAGAGCGACGGCAGCGGGAGCGGCGGGAGCGGCGGGAGGGGGCCGGACGGACGGACGGACAGAUGGACAGCGGCGUGGGGGGUCCCCCAGGGGUCUGCGGCUGUUCCUCACUUCCCAAUAAAUAUGGAGAGAGGGAGAUGCCGGAUCCGUGGUAAUAAAUUAAGGAGGCAGCUGAUUGGGCUCCCAAAAAUGGAUUAAAAGGGAAAAAAAAAAAAAAAA